AUGGUUGAUUCAACCGCUUGUUUGUGUAGAGUAGAUGCAGGCCUCAAAACUGUUGCAGGAGCUAAAAAAUAUGUUCCUCGGUCAAAGCUCUGUCUUCAGCCUGACAUCAAACCUUCCAUUCAUCCUACAAGACAAAAACCUCCACGAGAUAGAAAUCGGAGCCAAUCCCCGUUGUUGCCUGGACUGCCAGAUGAUCUUGCCAUUGCAUGCUUAAUCCGCGUCCCCAGGAUUGAACAUCGCAAGCUACGACUGGUUUGCAAAAGAUGGUAUAGGCUAUUGGCAGGUAAUUUCUUUUAUUCUCUUCGGAAAAAUUUAGGGAUUGCUGAGGAGUGGAUAUACAUCAUGAAGAGAGAUCGAGAUGGUAAAUUAUCAUGGCAUGCCUUUGAUCCCAUGUAUCAAUUGUGGCAACCUCUCCCUCCUGUUCCAAAAGAAUAUUCAGAAGCCCUUGGGUUUGGUUGCGUUGUACUGAGUGGUUGUCAUCUCUAUCUUUUUGGUGGUAAAGACCCUGUCAAGGGGUCUAUGAGAAGAGUUAUAUUUUACAGUGCGCGGACUAAUAAAUGGCACCGAGCUCCAGAUAUGCUCCGGAGGCGACAUUUUUUUGGUUCUUGUGUCAUAAAUAAUUGUGUGUAUGUAGCUGGUGGAGAAAAUGAAGGGAUUCAUAGGUCGUUGAGAUCGGCUGAAGUUUAUGAUCCAAACAAGAAUAGAUGGUCCUUUAUUUCUGAUAUGAGUACAGAAAUGGUUCCCCUAAUUGGAGUUGUCUAUGAAGGAAAGUGGUUCUUAAAGGGUGUGGGAGCUCACCGACAGGUUCUGAGUGAGUUCUACAAACCUGAAACCGAUAGUUGGCAUCCUGUGUAUGACGGUCUGGUUGCUGGAUGGAGGAACCCGUGUACUUCAAUGAAUGGACAUCUCUAUGCACUGGAGUGCAAGGAUGGCUGCAAGCUAAAGGUGUAUGAUGAAGCGACUGAUUCUUGGAGCAAGCACAUCGAUAGUAAGAUGCACUUGGGUAGUUCAAAGGCUUUGGAAGCCGCAGCACUCCUCCCUCUUAAUGGAAAAUUGUGCAUUAUACGGAACAACAUGAGCAUUUCUCUAGUUGAUGUUACCAAAUCUGAUGGUAGUAUGAGUGGAGCCCCAUCAGAACACUUGUGGGAAACUCUUUCUGGCAAAGGGCAGUUCAAGACUAUGGUUACAAAUUUCUUGUCAAACCUUGCUGGUCGGAAUCGCAUCAAAAGCAAUGUUCUUCACUGCCUGGUUCUUCAAGCUUGAAAUGCUCGAAUCACAAUUGAUAAGCAGCGUUGCAUAAAUUUUGUCCUAUUGCUUCAGCAAUCGACAGUACUCCAUACAAAAAGCUUUUCAUUAUAGGUUCGGUUUUCCCUAGGUUGUGCUAGAUAGGUGACCAUGGUGGUGUGACUUAUUGGGUGUAGGCAUGUAGGACUCUGUAAUACAAAGUUCAAUAUAUUUAAGCACCUCUUACCAGAACUGUUUCCUGUUUUUGAUGUUCUGUUGUACAUAUCUGAACUUAAGUUGAUGAUAUUCUCAGGAAAAUGUUGCCUUUCUGAAGUAGACUUGAUUUGUGGCUUUUGCAGCAGAAAAGACCGAAAUGAUUGUGCUGUGUUUGAAUUAUUUUCGGUUCAACAAACAUAACAAUCAUUUUGGGAGAUGAAGAAUGUGAUUUUGUUACUGGUGUUUGAACAGAUUCAUCUGGUACUGUCUUACUAAUAAUGUAAUCUAGAUGAAUACCAUUACUCGUCGAAUGUUGUUUAGCUAAAUCUUCAUCAGUUAAAUUUGGC